AUGGGAAAACAGAUGAAGCCUAGAAAGCUCCCUGAAGGAUGUGAGAGAGCACUCCGCCAGUGUACCGAACCAGGAACCAGCACGAUGAUUGCGCUCGAAGUACUCAUUCGAGGAAUUGAGGUACCGCAGAGUAACUGGACAGGGAAAAUGCUGAAGGUGGUGCUUAACCGUUUCGGGAAGUCAAGGUACUUGACAAUACUUACAUGA